AUGUACGGGGUGGAUCUAGCAAAUAUCAAACAAUUAGUUGCGAUAAAGGAAGGAAAGCAAUUGGUGCGAAAUCAUCAAAAGGAUAAAUUGUCUGCAAAGAUUAAUGCAAUCCUAAGAGAAAAUGGAAUGUGGCAGAUUUCAAAAGUUAUUUCAAGUCACAAUCACGAAUUGGAACCUUCUAUGUCUAGAUUUAUGGUUGCUCACAGGUCACUGAAUAUGGAUAUGAAGAGGAGAUUGGAGGAUUGUGAAACUUCAUUGAAGCGAAAGAGGAGGCUACGACUUGGUGAUGGUGAUCUUGAGGCUAUCUCGAAACUUUAUGAGGACUUCAAUGAUGUUGUUAGUUUUGACACUACUUACCUUGUUAAUCGAUACAAGUUGCCAUUUGCCACCAUUGUUGGAGUAAAUCAUCAUGGGCAAUCUAUUUUAUUAGGAUGCGCCUUGAUCUCGCAUGAAGAUCUAAACACUUUUAAGUGGUUGUUCAUGACGUGGCUUGAAGUAAUGGGAGACGUUCAUCCUAAUUCUAUUCUUACAGAUCAAUGCGAGAGCAUGAGGAAAGCCAUUAGGGAGGUAAUGCCUAAUACUAGACACAGAUUUUGCUUGUGGCAUAUAUUAUGCAAAGAACCUGAGAAGUUUAGGGGUGUUAUUGAUAAUGAUAGUGCAUGCCUCGAGUUUAAAGCUGUAAUAUAUGAUAGCUUAACCAUCGAGAUGUUUGAGAGAAAUUGGAAUGAGUUUGUGGUGAAGCAUGGGUUGGAAAGAAAUGAAUGGCUUUCCAAACUAUAUGUUGAUAGGGAGUAUUGGGUUCCAAUUUAUCUCAAUCACACAUUUUGGGCUGGAAUGGUUUCGACUCAAAGGAGUGAGAGCAUGCAUGCCUAUUUUGAUGGGUAUGUUAACUCAAUGAGCACACGAAAGCAAUUUGUGGAGCAGUAA